UCCAGGGCUCUGGAAGCAUCUGGGACCCCGGCCACACAAAAUCCCAAGUCCUUAAGGUUCUUCCAGAGGGGCCUGGUUAUCCUUGGAGGACGAGGGGGAGGACGAAAUGGCCUUCAAGGUCCUUGGAGUUCCCUCCAAGCCCAUCCUAAGCGAUACACGGCCCCGACGUGAGAAGCAAGAGACACUAGAACAGGAUUGGAGGAGGCUUCUUCUUCGGCCUCUUUCUUUCUCUCUUAAUCGGCCUUGAACAGGCCUAAUAGGUAGAACAAAUCAUGUAGGGGCAGAAGGAAGUGUGGAACGAACUUGUGAGUUCGUUCCCGGAGCCUCGACUUGGACUUGGUUGGUUUCUUCCCUCAUCAUCGACAACACGAUAGAUAACAACACAACUCAACCAUCUUGGGGAAAUUUGAUUCGAACGCGGAGGCACUACUUCUUUGGGCUGGAAUGCUUUGGGCGACAAUCCAAACUGUCAUCUCCAAAGCAUGAGACAUCAAUUACAAUUGUGUGAGGCUGGAAAAUCAUCCUGAGACUCGACAUCCAACUUGCAACAUUGAAAUAAGGACCCAAAGAACAAUCAAAAUGUCCGGACUCGUGAAUAAGGAUCAGGCUGACGAGAUGACUGUGGAAGGGUUUGCAUUUAGUCCCCUCAAAUGUCUGCUCACGGUCUUCACCGUGGUUCUGACAGGUGGGCUGUUCCUCAUCUUGUUGACCUGGAGAGCGGACAUUAAACUCAAUUGUGUCUACACUAAAGUACCUUUGAAAGAGGCCAAGAAGGUUCUCUUGAAGGACAAGUUCGAGCAGAUUUUUGAGGAGGAUGUGGUGUGCAACCCCUCGGGGGAUUUCUCCAACAAUGCUACACCAAUUUGUUCGUUCUUCAUCAACAAGAAGAUCAAAUAUGUCUGGGACAGUGGAGCCCGGACUUUCGUUAAACUCAAGAACGUGGACGAGUUCAUGAAGCAAUCGGAUUUCCACAAGUGCAAAGAGGGACUUGGCCAACUCACAGUCACAGACAGGUUGCAUGAGUAUGGACCGAAUCUGAUUAAAAUCAGUGUGCCACCGGUGCUCUACUUGGUAUUCCACGAGGCCUUAAAUCCGUUCUACUUGUUUCAAGCUUACACAGUUAUUUUAUGGUCCAUUCAAAUGUACUGGAAAUUUGCUGUUAUCAUUGCAAUAACCUCGGUGCUGUCUGUGACAGCCAGUGUUUGGGAAACGAGAAAACAAAAUCGAAACUUGAGGGACAAGAUGAAGUCCGAAUCCUCAGUGUCCGUAUUGAGGAAUGGAGCCCAGACCGAAUUGUCAUCCGUGGCAUUAGUUCCUGGCGAUGUCAUACUGCUUCCAACCACUGGAGGGGUCAUGAUGGAAUGUGAUGCCGUUUUGGUGGAGGGCACUUGCGUUGUUAACGAGUCCAUGCUCACUGGAGAGUCGAUCCCGAUCACUAAGAUUUCCAUUCCCGAUGAGGACACUAUCCACUUUGCAUACGAUCUUCAACGUCAACAUGUUGUGUUCUGUGGAACUGAGAUUCUUCAAGGCAAGGCCCAAGAGGGGCAUUUCAUUAAGGCUGUGGUCAUUAGAACGGGUUUCAUGACAACCAAGGGUGAAUUGGUCCGCGCCAUUUUGUUUCCGCCUCCAUUGGAUUUCCAGUUCCAUUCGGACUUUCUGAAGUCAAUCUACGUCUUCCUCUCACUUGGGCUCAUUGGCAUGGCCUAUUCUUUGUACAUGUGGAUCUCAAAUGGGGGAACAAUUCAAGAGUGCCUGCUGAACAGUUUGGAUAUCUUGACAUUUGUUGUUCCACCCAUUCUCCCGGCAGCUCUGACAGCCAACAAUGCCUUUGCUCAAAAAAGACUCCAGAAAAUGGAGAUCUUCUGUCUUCAUUCCAAUCACAUCUGUCUUUGCGGUGGAAUUGACGUUGUGGCUUUUGACAAGACCGGAACUCUAACCGAAGGAAAUUUGGAUUUGGCUGGGGUUUGCGAGUCGAAAAACGCCAAUUUUCAAGAGACUCAAGCAGAUCCAACUCUACUAGCCUUAGAUUCGAGACUCAUCCAGGCUAUGGCUACAUGUCACUCUCUAAUUGAACUCAAGGGAGAGUUGACAGGAAACCCUUUAGAUGUUAAACUAUUUGAUGCCAUUGAAUGGGAAUUAAAAGAACAACACAAUAUGGGAAUAAACCCUGACUACGGAAUGGCCACACCCACUCUUGUAUCUCCUCCUAAAGGCAGUAGAAAUGGAAGCGGUCACAUCAAGACAGCUCCCUCCAAUUUGGAAAUCGCUAUCCUCAAGACCUAUCCAUUUGAUUCUGCUGUGCAGAGAAUGACCACGGUCACGAAAAAGAAGGGUGCCCAACAAUUUGAUGUGUACAUCAAGGGAGCCCCAGAGAAGAUCGCUUCCACCUGCAAACCUGAGACAAUUCCGACAGAUUUUUCGAGCACAUUGAUGUGGUACACGAAGCAGGGUCUACGUGUCAUUGCAGCAGCCCAUAAGCCAUUAAAUGCCAACUAUAAAUGGAAGGAAGUCGAUGAUCUCACACGUUCGGAUUUGGAACAGAAAGCGGAUUUUUUGGGAUUGAUCAUCAUGCAGAACCUUGUGAAGGCCGAGACCUAUGCUGCAAUUAAGGAAUUGCACGAGGCCGAUAUCAACACGGUGAUGGUCACUGGGGACAACAUUCUUACGGCUAUUAGUGUAGGUCGCGAUUGUGAUUUGGUCAAACCAGACCAAACCAUUAUUCGGGUAGAAGCCGAGUUGAGUCCCAAUACCUACACACCUAGCCUCAAUGUGGCAUAUAUGUUGGAAGAGAACGAAAAGUCCAACAUUGUCCAUGACUCAAAUUUCAUCAAGUCAGUCCAAGAAAAGAAUUACGUAUUUGCUUGCGAUGGCAAGACCUUUGGAUUGAUUCGGAACAAUGACAAAGCAUUGCUGGAUCGUAUCGUUCAACGGGGAAAGAUCUUUGCUCGGAUGCUGCCGGAACAGAAAAUCCAUCUGAUCGAGUGCAUGAAGGAUCUUGGCCGGCAAGUGAUCAUGUGUGGGGACGGUUGUAAUGAUUGUGGAGCUCUGAAGACUGCUCAUGCUGGGAUCUCACUCUCCAUGGCAGAGGCUUCUGUAGCAGCUCCCUUCACCUCACGCAAUGUUCAUAUUGGCUGUGUCCCAUAUCUCAUCCGGGAGGGCCGUGCCACCAUGGUCUCAGCGUUUGCCUCUUUCAAAUUUGGAGUUGCAUUUUGUUUCACCCAACUCAUCGCAGUUCUUAUGAUCUUCUACAUUGGCACUGAACCAAGUGAUAAUCAGUAUUUGGUGGUGGACAUUGGCCUGGCCGCUUUACCUAUCAUCAUGAUUGGGAAUUGUGGCCCUCAUGAGAUCCUGAUCAAACAGAAACCCAUGCGGCACCUACUCUCAUUUUUGCCCUUAUUCUCGGUCAUUUCAUUCCUAUUCUUCCAGACACUCGGCUAUGUCGGAGUUUGGUUCUAUGUUCAAAUGCAAUCAUGGUUUGUGCCAUAUAAAUUUGAACCGGGACUUUGGCCUCCAAAUCCCAGCUACGAGCAGACCUGCAUAUUUUUGUUGUCCUGUUGUGCGGCUGUGGUCGCAGCUAUAGUUUUUUCUAAAGGAUCUCCCUACAGGAAACCUCUGCUCACAAAUGGAAUUAUGGCCGUUUGGACGAUCGCUGCGGUAGCUGCCACUAUUUUUAUGUCUCUGUACGAAUCUCAGGAUUUCGCAGAGCGACUAAAUUUCAAGAUUCCUCCCAGUAUGGACUUCCGCCUUGUGAUUGUCGGAGUUAUGGUUUUCAGUUGUAUUUUCUGUUACCUGUGGGAGAUUUAUUUUAUCGAUGGGGUCCUAUUUGCCAAAGUGCUGCCUUGGUACAAGAUUCAUAUUCGAGGUCCUCACCUUCCUUUCGAAAGAUUGGAGGAGGAAUUGCGAUCAAAAGCAGGCUGGCCUCCCAUUGGAGAUUGCAAAAACAACGAAAUCAAAAUUGCUGUUUCCAUGCAAUCCGGUUCCUCUUCCUUCAGGGUGACCACUCCUACUACUACCACAACCUCCUCACAAAACAAAAAGACCCCAACCAGCAGCCAUCCAAAUGAAAUCCAAGGGGGCGUGGCCACUCAGAUCCGCCAUGCCUCCCGUGAAGUCACGCGGAACAUCAAAAACCGUUGGUCAGCCGGAUCACCCCAACAAGAGGAAGAGCACCACCUCCUAGGGGCGACUGAAACCCCCACAGUCACUCCUCGUCCGCAAAGAGCGGCUCAAACUGACAAGAACACGUUGCCCCCUUCAUACAGUCUCAGUUCGAUUGAUGACGCCACCCCUAGUUCGUCUCAGUUGCAAAGGGUUAUCAACAACACCCUCCUCCCCGCCCACUCCCAUGAGUCCAAGAUGCUUUCAAGCUGGGACCAGCACCAACAGGCGCAGCCGCAAACACAGCAUCUAUCUGGCUCGACAGCUGCGACUGGAUUGCUCGGCUCCUCAGCGGACAAAAAGGAGACCAUUUGCUAGUAAUGGGUCAACCAUCUCCUUUCAUUACAUCUGCUACAUCUUCUUGCUCACCGUAGUUUGAUACUUUUAGCUCACUUGCUUUUUCGUCUUCGGACUUCUUUCCCUCACUUCAUUUUGAAAGUGUUUUCUUCCUCAAGCCACAUUCUUACAUCCAACUUUACAUAUUUUGUCCCCGUUUCUGUACUCUUUAACCGCGAUUGUCUCUAUCAUUGCGUUUUCUCAGCAAAUUCAUGAAAUACGUGCGUGACCCUGUCAGUAGAUGUAUAUACAUGAUACAAAUAAGGUAACUUUGUGGAUACUGUUAAUGAAUUGUGUAAAAUAAUCUUCUUGAGGGGAAAUGAGUGAUUCUUGCACUUGUUUUCAAAAGGCAUGAAGACAAAUAUUGCAAAGGCUUGUAAAAAAACUAGUUCUGUUGUUUCUCCACCACAUUUGACUUGAUUCGUAUUAUAGACUAACAAUGAAUGUAAACGGACUCUCAUUGAUCACAAUUUCGAACUGCAUUUUCGUGUUAAUUGUACAUGUCUUUUGAAUAUUCUCUAAGCUUAAGGAUUGAUGAUGAUAAUUACAGAAACCCUUGCAAAUCUUGAAGAAAAUCGUUUAUGAAAGCUUGCUGUUAUUAAUAAUAAAUAAGGUAUUGUUCCAAUUGUA